GGCUUGGUGUGCAGCUAUCAGCUUCCGGCCGGUAGUGUCAAACUGCAGCGUGGAGUUGUACAGAUAAUGGCUUUGCAUUGUUGUGUUCCGUGUUGUGUGUCUGAUUCUCGGUAUGAUCUCGAGAAAAAAAUGUCUUUUCAUCGCUUUCCCAAAGAAGCAAAGAUGAGGAAAGAGUGGGUGCAGAAAAUAAGAAGAGAUAUCGGUCCUAAUUUUCAGAUUACAGAUAAUACGAGGGUGUGCAGUAACCAUUUCAAAAAUGUUAACUUCAUAAAGACUCUAACCGGAAAACGUACACUAAUAGCUGGGACUGUGCCAACGAUUUUCGAGUGGACUACUGAAAAACCUCCAAGGCCCACCUUGAAAAGGAGACAUCGUGCCAGCAUUGUUUCAGUCGUGGAUGAUGACCCCAUGGAUGGCACAUAUCUGGAUCAUAGUAUAGACAAACCCCCAAAGGCACGAUUUGAUGCAUCUCUUGUCCGUCUGACCAAGAGGUUCAUGGAUAUGUUGCAGGCUGCUCCAGAAGGCAUUUUGGAUUUAAAUAAUGUAGCACGGACUUUGGGAGUACGGAAGAGAAGACUCUAUGAUAUCACCAAUGUAUUGGAUGGAAUUGAGCUUAUUCAGAAACGAACAAAAAAUCAUAUACAAUGGGUCGGUUCAAGUCUCGGCAGUGGUCUAAAAUGUGAAAUGAAAAAGCAUGAGCUGAAGAAUGAGCUGAUGGACUUAACUGCAAUGGAAGAAGCUCUAGAUGAAGUCAUCAAAGACUGCGCUCGUCAGUUAUUUCAAUUAACGGAUCAAAAUGAAAAUGCUAAAGCUGCUUAUGUAACAUAUCAGGAUAUCCACAGAGUUCAAGCCUUUGAAGAGCAGGUUGUAAUUGUAAUCAGGUCUCCCGAGGAAACAAAAUUGGAGGUCCCCCAUCCUAAAGAGGAAAACAUUCAGAUUCACAUAAAGAGUUCCAAGGGUCCUGUUGAUGUGUUCCUGUGUGAGGUAGACCAGAGAGAUGAGUCCCAGCAGAAUAUUGAUGCCGAGGGCACAAGGACCUUUUUAACACUAGAGAGCAGCAUACACACACACUGCCCGUUGAUAAAGAUCUGCCAAUAAAAUCAUUAACUGUAAAACGAGUGUGCUUGGAAAAUUCAGAGAAUUGUUUUCACAUGGGUCUAAGAAGAACCACAAGAAGACUCCUAGAGCCUGCGAAUGUUGGCACUAAAAUUAACAUUUAAUCAUCUGAGAUGUUGACUGGAAAUCAAUGAAAUUUGGGUUGUUUUGUCAUUUUUUGUUGUUGUUUUUUUCAUAAUCUAAAUAAAACCACAAGGACCUUAUGAAAAGGCUGUUUAUUUGUAAUAUUGCUAUAGUAUCAAAAUAAGCCUCCCAAAAUCUAAAUGUAUUUAUCUUGAAUAACAGAUUGUAUAUCUUAGAAAAGGUAUGGGAGGGUUAAUAAUAAUAAUAAUAAUAAUAAUAAUAAUAAUAAUAAUAAUAAUAAUAAGUCUUCUGGAAAGCAGUAAAUCAUGUUUCUAUCAUUGCUUUCGAUUACUUUCAGCCAGUCAUUCUGCAUCUUGGGUGUCUGGCAGACGUGGCAAAUUCACUGAUAAGGUCACUAACUUUUUCACCUCAUAAUACUGAUCUACUAGGUUACAAUGAAAUGUUGCAUCCCUCAGUUUGUUUAUCUGUCUUUCGAGUACCUUGGUUCAGAUUAAUGUAACUUAAUGUAAUCUCAGAAACAAAAACUAUCACUGUUCAAUAAAAAUGUU